AUGUCGGCGAUGAAAGAAGAUGUCUACGAGAGUGAGGACGUGCCCGAGCGCCCUGAGCCCAAAUACUUCAACGACGACCUCGGGCUGCCCGAGGAGAUCGAGAGAAUCCACAUCGACAUCGAGACGGUGAUGAAAAAGUUCCAGGGGCGACUCGUCAGCGCGGAAAAUGUCGAUUUCUCGGACUCAAUCGCGGCAAAAGGCAAACGAUCAUACGGAAGUACCGGCUAUGUCCUCGAAGUCAUUGGCAAAGGCACCGGCGAACCGGAAACUCCCGCCCAGAAAUUCAACCGCCUCUACCUGGAGAUCAGCGAGUUGGGCGAGGAGAUUUCGAAUCAAAAGGCUGGCGCGGACGUCGGCACGGGGGUCUCGACGGAUCUGUUGAAGAACAUGCUCGACCGGAUGAAGGCGAAUCAGGACGCGCCUUCCGGCAAAAAAUCGGGCGGCGACGGUGUGAACGUGAGUGGCGCGUCGUUCCUCGACGGAAACGUGGCGGCUUUCGAAAAACGGAUUCAACGAAUCGAAGGACUUCUGGGCGACCUCCCAAGCGGCUCGCAGCCCCUCGUGAGCGCCGUCGAAGAUUUGCGACUACGCGCCGACGUGCUCAACCCGAACUUCCUGGAGUCGACGGACAGCCGGCUGAACACGAUACUCAGCAAGAUGAAGCAGGUCGAUGAGAAGAAGGAACAGGCGCCGGCCGACGAGCUGGAGCGCAACGUCGACGAGCUGUUGGCGCUGAUGAAGAAGUGGGACCCGAUCUGCACGAAUCUGCCGAGCCAGGUGAAGAAGCUCAACUCAUUGGCGAGACUUCACGAAUGUGCCCAACAAUUCGCGGAACGCAUGGGCCGUCUAUCGUCGACGCGCGAGCUCAUCGAGAAGGAGAUCAGCUCGAAUCGCGAAAACUUUGACUACAUCCACUCGAUGGCCAAGAAGGAGAUCACCAGCCUCGUCACGAAGAUCGAAAAAAUGGAGGCGCGUCUCGACAAGGCCGGAAAA